CGCACAAACCAAACCCUGGAGCGCCCGCGAUCCCUCGUGUCGUGAAAAAACAGGGAUUCUAGUAUAAGACUGGGCGUUUGUACACAGGCAAAGCCACAUAUGCUUGUCGGCACCGUUGCACCUUCUCGCAGCAGCUUUCUCGUCCCCAACCCGCUUGGCUGUUCCGCUGCGGUUGCGUCUGCGCGUCGGCUUCCCCACCGAGCCGUCACCAUGACUCUUAAACUCUUCACCUCGCCGCACAAUAAGAACGCCUACAAGGCGCUCAUCGCAGCGCAAUUCGUGGGCGUGAAGGUCGAGGUGCCGCCGUUCCAGUGGGGCGUUACCAACAAGUCGGAGGAGUUCCUCAAGCUCACCCCCAUUGGCAAGAUCCCUCUCAUUGUCACUCCGGAUGGGCCAAUCUUCGAGAGCAACGCCAUUGCUAGAUACGUUGCCGGGCUAGCUGACAAGGGCCUCUUUGGCUCCAACGCUUAUGAGCGUGCUCAGGUGGAGCAGUGGAUUGACUUCGCCACCAACGAAAUCGACACCCCCGUGUAUCAGUGGAUUGGGCCGCUCUACCAAUAUGGCGUCAGGAUCAAGGAGGUGGAGGAGAAGGCUAUCACGAACUCCAAGCGGGGCCUGGCGUCCCUCAACGCCCACCUCGCCAACCACACCUACCUAGUGGGCGAGCAGGUUACCCUCGCUGACAUCAUCACAGUGUCGGUGCUGACGUCACCCAUCCGGGGACUGUGGAGCGAGGAAUUUAUGAGGGAGUACCCCCACGUGCAGCGGUACUUCUGGACGCUGGUGCAGCAGAAGCAGUUCAAGGCCGUUAUUGGAGAGGUGGAGCAGAUUGCCCAGGUCCCCACUGAGAUCGCCAAGUGGGAGGAGUCUCCGCUCUUCAAGCUUAUGAAGCCGAAGCAGGACGACAAGGCAGCAGCCACCCCUGCAGCAGCAGCACCUGCAGCAGCAGCAGCGGCUGCAGCGGGAGGGGAUGAGGGGGAGGAGGGUGCGCCGAAGCCCAAGGCGAAGAACCCUCUUGACCUGCUGCCGCCCAGCCCCAUGGUGCUGGAUGCGUGGAAGCGGCUGUAUUCGAACACCAAGGCCAAGGACUUUAGAGAGGUGGCCAUCAAAGGCUUCUGGGAGAUGUACGACCCAGAAGGUUAUUCCCUCUGGUUCUGUGACUACAAGUUCAAUGACGAAAACACUGUGAAAUUCGUGACGCUUAACAAAGUGUCGGGCUUCCUGCAGCGGAUGGACCUGGCGCGCAAGUAUGCCUUCGCCAAGAUGUGCAUCCUGGGGCCGGACGAGGGGCCCUUUGUGAUCAAGGGCGUGUGGCUCUUCCGGGGAUCCGAGGUGCCCCAGUUUGUGAUGGACGAAUGCUAUGACUGCGAGCUGUACGAGUGGAGCAAGGUGGACUUGAGCGACGAGGCGCAGAAGGAGCGAGUGAGUGCGUACUUUGAGGAGCCCGAUGACAUCGAUGGGCUCAAGCUUCAGGAGGCCAAGUGCUUCAAGUAGUGCUUCAAGUUGGUGUAGAUAGCGAUAGCGAUAGUGUGCUGUAGUUGAUAGUGUACAUUGGUACUGAUAGCGAUUGGUAGGUCCGCGGUAUGUGGAUUUUGGGUGAUGAAACAGUGACAUGUGAGUUUGCCACCUUGAUCCUGAUGGUCUCUAAAACUAUAGGAGGCCAAGUGUUUCAAGUGUUAACUUCUUAGCAGCAUCUGA